AUGAAAAACAAAGCUCAGUUCAUUGGGAAGUCCCCCACUGGUGGGUACGCCCCAGGGCAAGUGCAAUGUCCGGCAAAUUCGAGCUCCUUUAUACGAGAAGCAAACUCAAUUUCUAAACAAGAACAAGCUUGGAUCAAGCAAAGAAAGACUAAAACCAAAGCAGCUAUGAUUAAAUUUCUUGAAAGCGCCAACUUGACCAAUUUUAAUGCCGCUAAUUUUCUCGAUGAUUCCGACACUGGUGUCAAUCUCGGGUUGGCAUUUUCAGGAGGUGGAUACAGAGCUAUGUUGACGGGAGCUGGCUCCUUGUUAGCUUUGGAUGACCGUAAUAAUGCUGAGGAUGGUUUGGGUGGUAUAUUACAAAGUGCAAACUAUAUCGGGGGGUUGUCUGGUGCAUCUUGGUUUUUGGGUUCUUUGGUAUUACAAGAUUGGCCCAGCGUUGACGAAGUUGUAUUCCAAAACCCCAAUGAUUUAUGGAAUUUUACUAGCACUAGACAAUUAGUCAAUCAGAACAAUUUGUGGACGAUUAUCUUUCCCGUACUCUUUAACAGCUUGAAUGGUGCAUUGUCUCAUAUAAACUUCUGGAGUAAUAAUAAGCAAGGGAUUAAAUACGACAUUCAAGCAAAAGAGAAGGCAGGGUUUGAAACUUCAGUUGUAGAUGCUUGGGGACGUGGAUUAGCUCAUCAGUUAUUUCCUCCAGGCAAUGAUAACUAUGGCUCUGAUCUUGUAUGGAGUGACAUACGUGGUAUCACCACAUUUGCUAAUCAUGACAUGCCAUUUCCAUUUGUGACUUCGUUGGGAAGAAGACCAGGGACAGUUGUCUACAAUUUGAAUUCGACGGUUAUUGAAAUGAACCCCUUUGAAUUUGGAUCGUUUGAUCCUUCUUUGAAUAGUUUUACUGACAUAAAGUAUUUGGGAACCAGUGUUAACAACGGUGUCCCAAAUGGGACUUGUAUCAAUGGUUUUGACAAUGGUGCAUUUAUUAUGGGGUCUUCCUCGUCAUUGUUUAACCAAUUCUUGAAUACUCUCGUGUGUGAUGAUUGCAACUCAUUAAACUUUAUCGUGAAGUACAUUUUGAAAUGGUUCCUUACCCACUUGUCAAGAAACUAUGAAGAUGUGGCAUUAUAUAAACCAAAUCCAUUUUAUCAAAGUCAGUAUUCCAAAUCCGACAAUAUCACUCAUAGCGAUACGCUUUACUUAAUCGAUGGUGGUAUUGGAGGUGAAAUUAUUCCUCUUUCUACAUUAAUGACUACCCAGAGGAAAUUGGAUGUCGUGUUUGCGUUUGAUAAUUCUAAUGACAAUCUAGUUAACUUCCCCAAUGGACAAGCAUUAAUCAAUAGCUACGAACGUCAGUUUUCCAAUCAAGGAAAGUCAACGCUUUGCCCCUAUGUUCCUGAUAUUAAUACCUUUUUAGAAGGGAACUUGACUGCAAAACCUACUUUUUUCGGUUGUGAUGCAAAGAACUUGACGGCGUUGGAAAAAGAUGGUGUUAUCCCUCCGAUUGUGGUUUACUUUGCAAACAGACCAUAUGAAUUCUAUUCAAAUGUGAGUACUUUCCAAUUAUCAUUUACUGAUGACGAGAAAAAGCUGCUUAUUAGAAAUGGGUUUGAUGUAGCUAGCAGAUUAAACGGUACAAUUGAUCCAAAUUUCAAGACCUGUAUUGCUUGUGCUUUGAUUAGAAGAGAGGAAGAGAGAAGAGAUAUUGAACAAUCUGAACAAUGUAAACAAUGCUUUCAGGAUUAUUGCUGGGAUGGUACUUAUUACCCAGGGUCUGCUGGAAGCUCGUUGGUUAACUUUACUGCUAGUGGAUUAACCAAUGAUGCCAUGGUCUAUUAUGGAACAGAACCUCCUACUGCACCACCUGGGUUUUCCAUUUUCAAGAGAGAAAACUCGGCAUCAAAUGCUGAUAUUCAUUUCCUUUUAAAGAUAGUACUCUAUCUAGUCGUUCCUUUCUUGCUUUAGAAUUUUUAUUUAGAUAUUUUGGUAUAGCCGAUAUUUAGAAUAUUUUUGCCUUUUCUUUUUCUUCGGCAUUAACGGGUCGGCACCAGUUUAUGUCUUAACUAAAAACAAAUCAGAAAUUAACUUG